AUAGUUGGCAGCACUUUCGGCACGAGUAUUUGAUUUUCGCAGACUUGUUAAACACUUGUAUGUACAAAAUAAUGGAUUUGUAUUUGCUUGCUGAACAUCAUGUGGAAUAGAAAAAACAUAUUCAAAAUUCAAAAUUUGUAUUGGGUCGAAACGAUCUUCACAGACUGCCUAAAAAUAAAUGUUUAAGGAAACAAAAUGCGGCACUUGCAUAUGUGUUUCCUUUGUAUAAUGGCCUUAACAACACUUUUCUAUAUAUUUUUUGAACGUCCUCAUUUUGAUUAUAUAGAAUCAUUAGGCAAUGGACCUAAUGAAAUAAAUGACGGGAAAAGAAUCUUUCAUAUUGUUGUUGUUGCUUGUGGCCAGCGUACGGAGGAGACUCUGAUUAUGAUAAAGUCAGCUAUUCUUUUUAAUGAUUAUCAAGAAUGUCUGAAGUUCUUAAUAUUCACCGAAGAUCCUUUAACGGAGACUUUGCGGGAAAAACUAACGGACUGGCGCGAUCUUAUGCCGAAUAUAUUUGAUUUUGAGCUAUUACCAUUAAAAUUUCCAACACAAAGUAAAAUGGAAUGGAAAACCCUUUUUAAACCAUGUGCCGCCCAACGCCUAUUUUUGCCGUCCCUUUUGACGGAUGUCGACUCUUUGUUAUACGUUGAUACAGAUAUCUUAUUCUUAUCUCCAGUUUCCGAAAUAUGGAAAUUUUUUGGAAAAUUUAAUGAGAGUCAAAUGGCUGCCCUUGCUCCCGAGCACGAAAAUGAAAAUAUCGGGUGGUACAACCGGUUUGCGCGUCAUCCAUUUUAUGGAAAACUUGGAGUAAACUCUGGAGUUAUGCUGAUGAACCUCACACGUAUGCGAAAAUUCAAAUGGGAACAACAUGUACUGCCUAUAUAUAACGAGUACAAGCUACGUAUUACCUGGGGCGACCAAGAUAUUAUAAAUAUCCUCUUUUAUUAUCAUCCUGACAAGCUACAUAUAAUGCCCUGCGAAUACAACUAUCGCCCAGAUCACUGUAUGUACAUGAGUAUAUGUAAUACUUCCCACACGGGAAUAAAGUUAAUACAUGGAAAUAGAGGAUAUUUUCAUUCGAAUAAGCAACCACUAUUCAAAGCAAUUUAUAGUGCUAUUGAAAACUAUCAAUUAGGUACUAACGCCUACACAAAUUUUUUAUUACCACUUCGCUCAGCAUUAACUGAUCGAACUAUCAAUGAAUCAACAUGCGGAAAAAUUGCGUCAGAUUCUCUUCUGGUAGCCAACCUGCUAUUUGGCAAUACAUUCUAAGGAUUUUUCACUAGUUAUUUAAUAUAAUACGUUAAGCAUUUAGAUAUGAGCUUGCCUUAGUAUGCCUAAUAUGAAUCCGACAACCGACUAUAUUUAAGUUCAUUUAAAGCUAACUUGCCUGCAGUGAAUCUUUUAGGUUAAGGGUUUUGUAUUGUAUGCUAGUAAACGUAACGUAACGUAAAAAACAAUACUAAAUAUUACCUCAAACAUGCCGAAUUGCAUACCAGAUAAUGUUUUGCAUGAAGUCCUUCGUCAUUUUUUCAUUUAAAAAAAUGUGCGACCGAGAGUAAUAUGGGAAGUUUACGGCAAGUAUGCGCUGUCUAAACAACCUUGUUGGCGGUGGUUUGGUCGCUUUAAAAGUGGUGAUUUUAAGCUCAGUGACAAGGAACGACCGAUUUAACACAAAAGGUGUGGGACGAAGAGUUGGAAUCAUUGCCCUAGGUGGACCGAUACCAAACGCUUCGAGUGGAUAAGUCGACAGUCAUUAAACGCCUUAAAACAAUGGGAUUGAUUGAAAAACAACAAAUUCUUAAAUUUUA